CAUAUAAAUUGCAAUAGGUUGACCUUUAAAAUGAAAAAGUACAGACCUUUAUUAUUUAUGUGCAUUGCAUGUAGAAACUAAGAUGGGCUAGAAAUCUGGUUCUAUGUGCAAAGCCAGUGAAAUUUAUGUGCAAAGCUUGAUUGCAAAAAUCUAUGUGCGCGGCAUAUACAAACUAGAUGCGGAUUAUUUUUAGUGUAUAUUUGGGUUGAUUUCUGGUUCCGUGUGUGCUUAGUCUUUCACCAAUGCUGUUGCAGUGUUCUGAAGGAAAUUUCUGAAGGUCCAUGAUGACAUUUUCGUUUUGUUUACAAACUUGACGCUGCUGGGGAAAACGCGCAGGUAAAAAGUGCAAAUUUACGCUAAAAAUCCCUUUAAAACGUUAAUUUUUACGAUCAAAGUUUUUAAUACUUUAGAAUAAUGUGUUUCAUGUAAUUAGUAUUGAUUGUGCAAAGAGCGAGCACCCAUUCCGCUCGAACAUGACUACUUCUGUCACGAUCGACGACAUCCCAUCUGGGAUCGGCUCGUCCGCUGCCGCCAACGAGUGUCGCAUGCUGAUGAAUGUGGCGCGCUACUAUGAUGUGAUAUCUCGAAUCGUUACCAUUCUGGAUGGCUUGGUAAUCUGUCCGGAAGUUGACGCCAAUUCACUAAAGGUAGUGCACCACUUGGACAGCAAAUGCAUUGUCAUCAGCUACGGUGAACCGGAUUCGGUGGCUAGAGAAGUGGAGGAAGAUGAUGGAACAGAGACUGAAGUAACGUUCGAGCAAACCGUUGCGGACGAAGAGGGUGUUGAAGAAAUUGUAGAAGAGGUUGCCGUUGAAGACGUGAUCAUCGAGGAGCAGCUUGAUGAUGAGGAGUUUAUAUAUGUGGAAGAUAAUGAGCAAGUGGCGGUGGAGAGUAUUUUAAAGGAAGCCGAGGAAAUUCCAGUUCAAAUGUUCGACCUGGUGAAGCAAGAGGAAGAUCAGUCAACGGAGAUUGAGAAUGAAAGAUUUGUGUUGUCGGACAACCGAAAUGAUGACGAGUCAGGGAUGUCGGAAUACUUUGUGGAAUAUUUACAGGAAGCUGAAGAAAUUGAUCGAGAUGAAUGUAAGUCAAUUAAAAUUGAAAUUCCGGAAAGUUCGAAGAUAGCUAAACCUAAAACCAAACCGAGUAGUUCAUUUAUGUAUCGAUACAAAUGCCAGUUUAUAAUGUGCAAUGAAAAAUUCACGUUUGCCAAAGAAUAUGGUGAACAUCUUAAACGUGAGCAUCCUGGAAUCAUAAUCAAACCGAUUCUUCUGCAGUGUAAGCAUAUCGAUUGCAAAGUCACUUUUGACGACACAUACAAACUCCAUGUUCAUCAUAAGAAGCACAAAAUGCAACAAAGAGUUGAUAAAUAUGGCACAAUAGAUUGUCAAAUUUGUUCGGAGAAGUUUACCUCUAGGAUAGCAUUGAAGAAACAUGCUAAAGAGCAUUCCCAAAGCAUCGUAAGAGCAGUCAAACAAAACCUAAAGCGCAAAUGCCUCCAUUGUGAUGAAGUCAUUGAUUCGAAAAUCAACGUCUACAACAUCCACUGUUUGGAAAAGCAUGGGCAGGCACCAUACAAAUGUUUUAUUUGUGAAAAGGAAUACUUUCUACUAACACAUGUAAAUGAACACGUAAAAGCCGAACACAGCAUCGAAUCCGUACGUUCCAUGAUCCUGGAAUCUCUGUGGAGGUCAUUCGCCAUCGAUGACUCCACCAUUAAAGAAUGUCGAAUGUGCUUCCGACUUUUCUCUUCGCCCAAAGCCGAAACGCAACACCAGGAAAGCCACAUCAAAGAGCUUUCGAUCACAUGUGCCAUCUGCGGCGGAAAGCACUACGAAAGUCAAUGUAGCGAACCGCGGCCAAAAUUCGACUCCGUCUACAUCAAAGUCCAGUGUGACGAAUGCCAACGCUGGAUGUCCAAGAAGAACAUCAAAGAGCACAAGGCCACUCACGCGGCCGAACGGAACUUCCCCUGCACUGUGUGCAAGAAAACCUUCAAAGUGCAACGGACCGCCCACCGGCACAUCCAGAAUCACAUCAAUGCGGAGAACCGGCUGCGCAAGUGCUACGACUGUGAUCAGGAAUACACCGACGAGGAUUUCCUCGUCGAGCACUACGAACAAGCGCACCCCACCAAACGGCCCUUCAACUGCUUGAUCUGCGGCGUCGGAUUCUACCGGAAGGAUCACCUCGGCGAUCACUCACACACUCACUCCGAUGAGGACCGGCGGAGGAUAUCGGUAAAACAUCCGGUCGAACAUUACCAGAUAAGGAACGCCCGGGUUUACGAGUGUACCCUCUGCAGGAGAAGUUUUUCCGCCAAACGGACGACGGUUGCCCAUUUUAUUGUGCACACGGAUCGGCCCUUUACCUGCGAGCACUGUCGGAUGUCGUUCCGGGUGAAGACUGCCCUGGAAGACCAUCUGCUGGACGUGCAUAAGGUUAAGAUGUAAAAUAUUCGCUUACUGGUUAAGUUUUUUUUGCACUGAUCUAUCGCAUCUAAAUAAAAUUUAGAACAUUAAACAGCAACUUA